ACUGUCAUCUUGUACUUUCUGUCAGUACGGCACUUCUGCUAGAAGGAGGGAGAGAUUAGUCAGAGGAGAGAGUGAGCGAGAGAGAGCAAAAAGGGGCUUUCUUCCGUCCCAGUCCCACAUUUUUAAAGGGGAGUGGAGGGCAGAAGUUGGAAAGAACGCAAAUAGGACUUGGAUAGAUUUAGACUUUGCUCUUUUCUUUGAGUUCCCUUCACCUUUCUGUUUAGAAAGAUGGAGAAUUCUCACACAAAGAGCCCCUCUGAGUGCCUGGCCUAUUUUGGGGUCAAUGAAACCUCGGGCUUAACUCCUGACCAGUUCAAGAAGAACUUGACUAAAUAUGGCUACAACGAGCUGCCAGCUGAGGAAGGAAAGAGUAUCUGGGAGUUGGUUAUUGAGCAGUUUGAGGAUUUGCUGGUCAGAAUUUUACUGCUGGCUGCCUGCAUUUCGUUUGUGCUGGCCUGGUUUGAGGAAGGUGAAGAGACCGUCACUGCGUUUGUGGAGCCCUUCGUCAUCCUACUCAUCCUCAUCGCCAAUGCCGUGGUUGGAGUUUGGCAGGAGCGUAAUGCAGAAAGUGCCAUUGAGGCUCUGAAAGAGUAUGAGCCGGAAAUGGGGAAGGUGUACCGCGCAGACAGGAAGAGCGUCCAGAGGAUCAAGGCCAGGGAGAUUGUCCCCGGGGACAUCGUGGAAGUGUCCGUUGGAGACAAAGUGCCUGCUGACAUCAGGAUUACUGCUAUCCGUUCUACCACCCUCCGUGUCGAUCAGUCCAUUCUCACCGGUGAGUCUGUCAGUGUGAUCAAGCACACUGAUGUCGUUCCUGACCCCAGAGCUGUGAACCAGGACAAGAAGAACAUGCUGUUCUCCGGUACCAACAUUGCGGCAGGAAAGGCCAUCGGAGUGGCUGUGGCCACAGGUGUCUCCACUGAGAUUGGCAAAAUCCGUGACCAGAUGGCAGCCACCGAGCAGGAGAAGACUCCACUGCAACAGAAGCUGGAUGAAUUUGGCGAGCAGCUUUCCAAAGUCAUUUCCCUCAUCUGCGUCGCCGUGUGGUUGAUCAAUAUUGGACACUUCAACGACCCCGUCCACGGCGGUUCAUGGAUCCGCGGUGCCGUCUACUACUUUAAGAUCGCUGUGGCUUUGGCCGUUGCUGCCAUCCCUGAAGGUCUGCCAGCUGUCAUCACCACUUGUCUGGCUCUGGGCACACGCCGCAUGGCCAAGAAGAACGCCAUCGUCAGGAGCCUGCCAUCCGUGGAGACCCUGGGCUGCACUUCCGUCAUCUGUUCCGAUAAGACCGGCACCCUCACCACCAAUCAGAUGUGUGUGACCAAGAUGUUCAUCAUUGAUAAAGUGGAAGGUGACAAUGUUGUCCUGGAAGAUUUCAAUAUCUCUGGGUCCAAGUAUACCCCCGAGGGAGAAGUUACCAAGGGCAGUGCCCCCGUGAAGUGUGGCCAGUACGACGGCCUUGUGGAGCUGGCCACCAUCUGUGCCCUGUGCAAUGACUCCUCCCUGGACUACAAUGAAUCUAAGGGUAUUUACGAGAAGGUGGGUGAGGCUACAGAGACUGCCCUCUGCUGUCUGGUUGAGAAGAUGAACGUGUUCAACACUGAGGUGCGCGGGCUGUCCAAGGUGGAGAGAGCCAACACCUGCUGUACUGUGAUUAAGCAACUGAUGAAGAAGGACUUCACCCUGGAGUUCUCACGUGACAGGAAGUCCAUGUCCGUUUAUUGCUCGCCAGCCAAAUCAUCUCGUGUCGCUGUUGGCAACAAGAUGUUUGUGAAGGGAGCCCCAGAGGGAGUCAUUGAUAGGUGUGCCUAUGUGCGUGUUGGCACCACCCGGGUACCCCUGACACCCCCUGUCAAGGAUAAAAUCAUGACUGUAAUCAAGGAAUGGGGUACUGGUAGGGACACCCUGCGCUGCCUGGCCCUCGCCACCCGUGACACCCCUCUGAAGACGGAGGAGAUGAACCUGGAGGACUCAACCAAGUUUGCAGAAUAUGAGACUGACCUGACCUUCGUUGGCUGUGUGGGUAUGCUUGAUCCUCCACGUAAGGAAGUCACUGGAUCUAUCGAGCUGUGCGGGGCUGCAGGAAUCCGCGUCAUCAUGAUCACUGGUGACAACAAGGGGACAGCGGUGGCCAUCUGCCGUCGCAUUGGCAUCUUCGGUGAGGAUGAGGACGUCACUGGUCGGGCCUUUACUGGACGUGAGUUUGAUGACCUUCCCACAUCCGAGCAGAAGGAGGCAGUCCGCCGGGCAUGCUGCUUUGCCCGUGUGGAGCCCGCUCACAAAAGCAAGAUCGUGGAGUACCUGCAGAGCUACGAUGAGAUCACUGCCAUGACUGGUGAUGGCGUAAACGACGCCCCUGCCCUGAAAAAGGCUGAGAUUGGAAUUGCCAUGGGCUCUGGCACAGCUGUUGCCAAGUCUGCAUCAGAGAUGGUCCUAGCUGACGACAACUUCUCCUCCAUCGUGUCGGCCGUGGAGGAGGGUCGUGCCAUCUACAACAACAUGAAGCAGUUCAUCCGCUACCUCAUCUCCUCAAACGUGGGCGAAGUUGUCUGUAUCUUCCUGACAGCGGCUCUGGGCCUGCCUGAGGCUCUGAUCCCAGUGCAGCUGCUGUGGGUGAACCUGGUAACGGACGGCCUUCCUGCCACCGCCCUGGGAUUCAACCCCCCAGACCUGGACAUCAUGGGCAAGGCCCCCCGCUCCCCAAAGGAGCCACUUAUCUCUGGCUGGCUCUUCUUCAGAUACCUGGCCAUCGGCGGCUAUGUGGGCGCAGCCACAGUCGGUGCUGCAGCCUGGUGGUUUUUGUAUAGUGAAGAUGGUCCCAAGGUCACUUUCUACCAGCUGUCCCACUUCAUGCAGUGCCAUGAUGAGAAUGAAGACUUUGCAGGUGUUGAAUGUGAAAUCUUUGAGGCUGCCCCACCAAUGACCAUGGCCCUGUCUGUGUUGGUCACCAUCGAGAUGUGUAAUGCGCUCAACAGCCUUUCUGAGAAUCAGUCACUGCUGCGCAUGCCUCCCUGGAGCAAUUGCUGGCUGCUGGGUGCCAUGACCCUCUCCAUGUCCCUCCAUUUCCUGAUCAUCUAUGUGGACCCUCUUCCCAUGAUCUUCAAGCUGACUCAUUUAAAUGUCACUCAGUGGAUGGUGGUGCUACAGCUGUCCUUCCCAGUUAUCUUGAUUGAUGAGGUGCUCAAGUUCAUGGCCCGCAACUACCUGGAACAGAAAGAUGACAAUCUAGUGGCGAAAAAGUGGAAAUGAAGAAAAAGUGAGGAAGGAGAAAGGGAAGAUGACUGAAAGAAUGCAUCAAGAAAUUCAAGGAGCAAUAUGAAACAACAAAAAAUAAGAAAAACAAUUCAUAUGCUGUUUUAAUAAGGUUUUCAUUCUUAAAAUGAGAAUAACCUUUUCCACAUACUUGAGGCCUUGUUUUAGCAGAACUUUGAUUAUUCUUUCAAUCCUCAUUUCUGUUGUUUCUACUGUUUUUAGUUCCUUUCUAAAGUAUUUUUCCUCAUGUUCUUACACAAUUUAAUGCCAACUUGUGAAGCUCACACCUUCUGAAGAGGUUACCAUAGAGCUUGUCUGUGACUCUGAUACACCUCAGUAUGAAAAGACUAUGUUUUUUUAUUUUUAUUUUCAUCAUUUAUUUAAAUGGACAUACAUUCAGCUGUGCAGGGCAUUAAAAUUAUACUGGCA